AUGGGAGUGUAUACUAUAGGGUCAGAAGUGAUGCAAGAAAGAGGUACUCCCAUGGGAGUGUAUACUAUAGGGUCAGAAGGAAUGCAAGCAGGAGGUACUCCCAUAGGAGCAUAUACUAUAGGGUCAGAAGGGAUACAAGCAGGAGGUACUCCCAUGGGAGUGUAUACUAUAGGGUCAGAAGGGAUACAAGCAGGAGGUACUCCCAUAGGAGCAUAUACUAUAGGGUCAGAAGGGAUGCAAGCAGGAGGUACUCCCAUAGGAACAUAUACUAUAGGGUCAGAAGGGAUGCAAGCAGGAGGUACUCCGAUGGGAGUGUAUACUAUAGGGUCAGAAGGGAUGCAAGCAGGAGGUACUCCCAUAGGAGCAUAUACUAUAGGGUCAGAAAGGAUGCAAGCAGGAGGUACUCCCGUGGGAGCAUAUACUAUAGGGUCAGAAGGGAUGCAAGCAGGAGGUACUCCCAUGGGAGUGUAUACUAUAGGGUCAGAAGGGGUGCAAGCAGGAGCUACUCCCAUAGGAGCAUAUACUAUAGGGUCAGAAGGGAUGCAAGCAGGAGGUACUCCCAUGGGAGUGUAUACUAUAGGGUCAGAAAGGAUGCAAGCAGGAGGUACUCCCAUGGGAGCAUAUACUAUAGGGUCAGCAGAAAUAUGUCCAGCAUUAUAA